ACAUCGCCUCACCCGGCGUGAAGACAGCGGCUAAAGCUAGAUGGUGCUUCGAAUAGGCAGCUAACAUUAGGGAUUGGCCUCUCUUAAUGAAGAGAGAUUGAUUCGUCUUAUAGUUGAGCCACACUGCACCGCCAUGGCUCUUUACGAAUAUGUUACUCAGGAGCAGCUCGCGGGCUUCGACAAAUACAAGUACAGCGCAGUGGACACGAAUCCCCUGUCGGUCUACGUUAUGCAUCCUUUCUGGAACUUCGUGGUGAAGUUUCUACCAACAUGGUUGGCUCCAAACCUCAUAACAUUUACAGGUUUUAUGUUCCUCGUGRUGAACUUCCUCAUGUUGGCCUUCUACGACUUUGACUUUACUGCCUCUUCUGCAGGACAUGAACACGUGCCUAGCUGGGUCUGGGUUGCUGCAGGGAUCUUCAACUUCUUAGCCUAUACCCUCGAUGGUGUUGAUGGUAAGCAGGCCCGCCGCACCAACUCCUCCACGCCACUAGGGGAGCUCUUUGACCACGGUCUGGACAGCUGGGCGUGCAUAUUCUUUGUGGCCACGGUGUACUCCAUAUUUGGGCGUGGAGAGAGCGGCGUGAGUGUGGUCAUACUCUAUUUCAUCCUGUGGGUGGUGCUGUUCUCUUUCAUCCUGUCCCACUGGGAGAAAUAUAACACUGGCAUCUUAUUCCUGCCCUGGGGAUACGACGUCAGCCAAGUGACAAUCUCACUUGUUUACCUGGUCACUGCUGUGGUGGGUGUAGAAACCUGGUACCAACCAGUCAUUUGGAACCUCCUUUAUCGAGAUCUGUUCACCUUCAUGAUCAUGACUUGUUCCUUUACCGUGACUUUACCCAUGAGCCUCUACAAUGUCCUGAAGGCUCACCGGAGCAACACUCUGAAGCACAGCAGUCUGUAUGAAGCUUUCCUGCCGUUCCUCUCUCCCGUCCUCCUUUUCAUCUUGUCCACCACUUGGAUCGUCUUCUCUCCAUCCAACAUCCUGGAUCUGCAGCCCAGGAUCUACUACCUCAUGGUGGGGACCGCUUUUGCCAACGUCACUUGUAAGCUGAUUGUGUGUCAGAUGAGUAACACACGCUGUCAGCCGCUGAGCUGGAUGUUGCUGCCCAUGACUGCGGUGGUCCUGUUAGCCGUGACGGGGGUCCUCACCAACGAGACGAUGCUGCUUUACUUGUGGACAGCUGCUGUCGUUCUCGCACACAUACACUACGGCAUAUCAGUGGUACAACAGCUCAGUGGCCAUUUUAACAUCUUCGCCUUUUCCCUCAAGAAGCCCAACCGUGAUUGACAGGAGGAGGAACGAAUGGGCUUGACAGCAGCAGAGGUUUAAGCUACCCCUCUCUCUGACUUACCGACACUUCACCCGUCAUCACGGAAACCGCAUCCCUUCCCCCCCUCCAUCUACAAGACGCUGCAAGAUGAGCGGACAGUGGCCCUCGUUUUACACACAGCAAUCACACAUUCCCAAAGCAGCUGCUCAGACUCUUGUCUGAGCGACGGGGCGGGGCCUCCGGCUCCCACUACUGGUGAUUGGCCGAUUGCGUUGGGCCAACAAGGUGCAAUUGUUUCCUACGGAAAUGUGCUUCUGUCGUGAGGACAGGAGCCCAGACGAUCCACAACAAGACAAGCGCAGAUUUGUCCUAUCUUUGCGAGGGCCCCUCAUUCUUCAGCUCAUUUGUCCUAAAAUCAACAACCGCAAGUUAAUCCCUCACUUUUAACACAAAAUUCAAUCGAAGAAAACCCCAAAAAUCCAACUUUUUAACUUUCGUCUGUCGGGACACGCCAAAAAAAAAACAAGUCUUCAAGACCCGGUACGUCUAUAUGUCCUCAGAAAAUAGACGCAGAUGUUAAUGCUCACCCACAGAUGGAUGAAACUGUGGUGGGUUUUUUAACACAAACAUAGCCACGGACAUGAAUCCACAGCCUUUAGGGGAGAAAAAAAAAACUGCCAUUUCAGUGUAAUUCUCUGAACAGGAACGUCUUGAGUCGUGUGAUUUCAUGCUCGGCCAAACCUGGGAACGUGCGGCGCCAACAGCUCCAGCUGUGGCCGGUGUUUAAAAGGUUUGGUUCUCAUCUUUUUUUUUUCUUUUUUUUUUUUUUGAAUUUUCAGAUCUGUUCCUGGUGUUGUAAUCUAUGUGAAUAACAACAUUUAUGUAAAUACAUAUGGAAGAAUUGUUCGGGGGGUGUGGGUUUUUUAAUUUUCAAAUGGUCUUCAAAUUUUAUAAUUAAUUUUCCUCCUGUAAAAUAUUGAGUACGUUUCUAAUUAAUUUGACGUUGUGCUCAGUGGUGACGGGUAAUUAUUGACUAACGGGUGAGAAUCGAUCAGGGUAACCUCUACUAAUCCUUCACCUAUACCUCCGUCUGAGCACUGGCCUCCCAGAUCUCCCUUUCUUUCUGAGGUGUCGUGCUGUCAUGCCGAUUCGUUCGCUCUAGUUUUAUUAAUCUUUGGGGUUCAGCGGUGGUUCAUAAAGUUGCACUGAGCUUGAAUGAAGAGAGAGUCCAAAAACCGUAACUGGAGCGGACUCACUCUGAGGAAACAAGCCUCCGAUCGGGGCAGUGCAGCACCAACGCCACCUGCUGUUCCUCAGAUGAUAUUGUAUCUUUUUAUUUUUUAUUUCUACUGUCGGUCAAUUAACUCGUGUUAAGUUUGUAGUCUGUUUAACACUGUUUGUUUGUACGUCUGACYCUUUAUCUCCAAGAUGGCGGACAUUCAUUUUGUGACUGCAGCACACGUUUUUUUUUUUUCUUCAAAAGCCACAGGAAAACGAGUUGUACYGAAGAGGAUUAGGGCCGCUGGAAAAAAUAAAAUAAUUCCGACUUUUUCUCAGAAUUAUUAGAUUAAAAUCAAAAUAAUCUUUUUUCAGUGGCCGUAAUCCUCUUCUGUAGAGCUGAUUUGGGCUUGUAAAAUAAAAAAAAGCAAAACCUGUUUUACCUCAAAGUCGACACUGACCGCACGUCAGUGGAGGGAGUUGUUUUGAAGUUCGACUUGUUGGAAAAAAAAAGACCAGUUCUGUCUUUUAGUGAGCACUUUUUGUUGUUGUUGUUGUUGUUGUUUCAGAUCAGUUUUAAGAUCCCCAUCAGUUAAUUUGGAUGUAAAAUGUGAAACAAGUGGAUUCAAUCAGCUCUAAAUGAUCAGCCUAAUGUCGGGGUCUUUGUGAUUAGUUUUGUUUUAACGCACAAACCAAAAUAUAUUCUGUUGGGAAAAAUCUUGGGACUUUUUCCAGGGAUGUUCAUUUGGGAGAUUUUUUUUAAAAAGCGGGGUUCUGAAGAACAUCUUACCUGUUGUAUGAAGCUGUUUGAAGGGCCUCGGUGUGAAGGAACCGUUUUAAUUCUGWGCUAACGGCUAAUCUGAAUGGGGCCAAGACCAAAGUAUCAAACAUUUUAUUUCAUGAACUUUUAAAUUGUCCAUCUCACACAAAACUGUUAUUUCUACACUUUUUACAGCUCUUUGCAAGUGCAAACGACAGCAGCAGCUAGCUGUAGCACUUCUUCUAGGAACAUCAAAUAAUUUCUGCCAGAUUAAACAGGUUUCUAAAAUAGUGUUCAGAUCUUUAGAGAUUAAAUCUGUUUUAUCACAGCUGUGGUUUUCGCCUCACUCGGACCAUUAACAGUCCUUAAAGAGCUAUGUACAACAGGUAAGAUACUGACAAAUAAAACCACUUCAAAACGUCUGACCUUUUCCUUUAGUUGCCUGUUUGUGUUUGGUUUGUUCAGUUGCAGUAAUGUUCCUCUCACACAAUGCUCAAACAUUAGAAACACAUGAAACGGUUAUUUUAUUGACGUUUAGAGUUUGCAGGUCCAGUUUUGUAAGUAAACUGAGCAACAUGGAUAUAUAACUUUGAUUUUAUUAUUUUUUUUAUUGUUAGUUUGGCUCAAAUAGAACCACCUUCAACUGCCGAUAGACUCAACUAACGAGCUCAAUGAGUCGCUCUACUUGGGAACAAUAUAACGUAAUAAUAACACCGCAAUAGUUUGUUAUAUUUAAUUUUUCCUCACCGACCCAGACUGCAUGUGUGACUUUGGGCACUGAAGAUUGUUGUAACGUGGCAACGACUGUGUUUCUGUUCUGUCCGUUUCACGUGUGUGCGCUGUAUGAAUGUCUCUGUAAAUACAUUUUAUUUAAGUUUAUUUUUAAUCUACAAAUGAGUUGUUUUUUUCCCCCAUACAACAGAUUUCCUCCUGAUGUAAUAGAUGUUAUUGGAUGUGAUGCCAAUCUGCACAGCAGUAGCUUUUUACAUGAUCUGUCAAAUACUGGUAAUAGUUUUGCCUCUUUAUUAUCUGAUUGUAUCAGUUCUGGGUUUUUCCUGUGGGAAAGGUGUGAGGACCUGCUCUCUAAACUGUAAACACAAGAACUGUAAUAUACAUAUAUUUUUGUCAUGUAUCACCUGGAAAAAAAAAGUGCCAUURAGUGAAAGUUUGUCYUGCAACUGGCAGUUAAACUCCCAGUUUCUUWYCGAUCCAGUUAUAUCUGUUUUUGCUUUCUGGGUUUUGUUUUUGUGUUUAGAAAGAAAUCCUAACCCUCCUUCACAUUAAGCGGUUGUGUAUUACUUCUCUGGCUAAUGCUCCAGAGCUUCAGUGUGACUAUUUGUGGCAUUGUAUUUAACCAGUGAAGGACAGGACUAUCAUAACACAAAUAAAAAUUGACUUUCUUAAAGA